CACAAAAAUACACAAAUGUAUCAAUGACAUGUCUCUGUCUGGCUCAGUCAGUCAGUCAGCAGACAUCGAUGUCGUCCAGCGCAUCGUCGCCAUAGGCGUGCCGGGAGGGGAAGAUCUGCGUCCAGUGGAAGGCCCACUCGUUGGGCAGCCCCCUGUGCGGCCAUCCUGGCCACCUCUCUAUUUCUGAAGCAUUGCCGCUGCUGGCACCUAUAGCGCCCCGCCACUUGAAGGCCGGAAGGGGAAUAUGGGGCGGACCGGACGUGCCUUGGGGCAUCAUUGCCGCAAACAAGCACUUGUUGACUACCUGCAGCCAGCCAGCCAGCCAGCCAGCCAUGGAUGAGAUACAAACACACGAUGCACAGUACUAGAUGUGUGUUUGAGGAUGCGUCCAUUGUGUGCUCACUUACUUUGGCGUCGAUGGCGCCGUUGGGUAUGGGGUCGAUCUUUGAGAGGUCGAAGCGCGCGGCGAUGGCUAUGCUGGGGUCCUCAGGCAGCCCACUCUCACUGCACACAAAUGGCCGGGUGCACAGAGAGACAGAGAGACAUGAGUGUGUGUGUGUCUGUGUACCGAUUGUCGAGUGGCGAUCUGUUUCUCGUCAUGAGUUGCCUCAGUUCAUGCAGCUCGCUCAUGUCGGCACUGUGGUGGGCCAGCAGCACUGCCCGCGGGUUGUGGUCAUACGAAAAGAUGUUGCCGUGCUCCUGCUGCGCCUCUAUGUAGCCCAUUCCCUUCGCUACGUCGUCAUAAUACGGGCGAUUGGUGGACAGAAAAUGGCCCUUAGAUGACAGCACCUGCGUCAACACACACAUGCACAUGACAUGAAUGGAGACCUCUGUGUGUUGGGUGGGCAUGUGCCUGCACACCCACACAGCCUGCGUGUGUACGUGUGUGAUGUCUCCAAAGUGUGUGAGGCCCGGCGACUGCUCGAGCAGGAAGAACGCAUUGUCAGUGAGGCCGCCAGACUGCCGAAAACGGCCGUAAUCCAUCGCCAUCCACUGGCUGCUGCCAUACCCUACACACACACACACACACAGAAGCCACCAUAAAUGCACUCGACAGAGUGUGUGUGUGUGUGUGUCCCCUGUGCAGACCUGUGUUCUGUCUGGCGACGCAGCUGGUGAGGUGUGUGCCGGUGGUGGCGGUGCGGCCGCAUGCGACCACGUGGAGGAAAAGAGGAAUGGGGGCGGCCUCCUCGUCGGCCACUCGGGUGUGCAUGGCCUUGUCGAUGAGAGGGAGUGUGGUGUCCAUCAGCAGCAGACCGCUGCUCAGCACAUAGAAGCUGUCGCCCGAUCCGAUGAACCCUGCACGUACAAAUCAAAUCAAGGAAGGAUGAACAGCUUUCGCACCGAAGGUGCCAUCUGUAUGUGUGUUGUGUGUGUGUGGUGCCUGCGUAUGAUGAAAAGCUGAUCCGUGGGGCGGCGAGCUGCGACUUUGGCAGAGCACCGAGGUUCAACUCAUACCUGCAAAGACCAGACCAGCAGACAUACCGAGACGCAUUGGCCGCUCCGGUCUGACUAUCGACCUCACUGACUGACCGUUUCCAUAUUCUUGUCAUGGUGGAGUAGUCGGACCAUGUGGUGUGGCCGAUGAGCACAUCGCUGCCGUCGUCGGUCACCUUGACCAUCGCCGAGCAGUGGCCCGACCGACGAACCAGCCGAGACCACUCAAGAAACGCCUAACACACGCCCAGCCAUCGAUGCAUCACAUCAUGCCCCAUUGAGGCCUUCCCCACCUGCUGACCUGUACUUGUGUGGUGGCAUUGUUGAGUAUAGCCGCCUUCUGUCUGCUGUCGCCCGUCUGCAUGAGCACGGCAGCGACGCUCUCAGGGGGCGGCUGGGAGGGCUCGGGGGGCGGGCUCAUCUCGACAUGUGAGUCGUCAACCACCACUUGCUGCUGCUGGGGGCCUGUCUGCCGGUACUUUUGGCUGACAAGACAGUGGGAGAGAUGGUUGUGUGUGUCUGUCCUGCCAGUGGUGCGGUGUGUGUGCGCACCGUACCGUUCAUGGCUGGCCUGUGUGUUGAAGGCCUGCCUGAGGUCGCCCAUGUAUGGGUGUGAGUUGAGGAAGAUCAUGUCGGUCAUGCUCAUGGGGGUGGCAUGGAAGUGCCGCGCAUUGUCGUUGUAGCCAUCCAUCAUUCCCCACAGCUGCCCACACAAAACACAGAAGACCUCCCACUCACACUCACACACGAGAGGCCUUCCAUCCACAGGCAAUGUGGCCCACCUGGAAGAAGGCGUAUCUGACGUGCUUCAGAUAGGGGUCGUCAAUCUCGUCGACCAGUGUGUGGUGGUGGAAGUGUAUUUCUCGCUUCAUCGCCGCCAGUUGCCGCUCGAAAUGCGCGCCGAUGUUCUGCAGGGCGUCCGUGUCGUGGUCCUCCAUCAGCAGCAGAUCCACUAGAUUGGCAUUCAUCUCCCCUGCACAGCGACACACAACACACCGACCCAUGUGUUUAAACAAACGUCUGUGUGUAUGGAAGAAGCAGAGAGCUGACCGAUUCGCACGGCAGAGAGGAAUCCCUCCGCAUAGCCUGACAGACACACAGACACACAGACGGGCGUUGCUGAUUGAUGGAUGCCCUUCCUUCGUGCGUAGGGUGCACACACAGCUUACGGACCUGCGGCGUACAUUUUGACGUCAUUGCUGGCGAUGUCGUGGCCAGAGGUCCGCAGGUAGAGAUGCCCCCACCCCUCCGUACUCAAAGUAUCGUUGAACCUGCAGGCAACACACACAAUCCACGCAGACAAAGACGACAGACACCAAUCUGCCCAUUGCAAAGGCAGUGCACCCUCCCUCCCUUACUGGUGUUUUGUGUUGUGCUCACCAUCCAUAGGCAAUGCAGGUGUGGUCAAGCCCCUUGAUGACCCGCAGCUGCCCAGUGCCCCUGUUCAUGCAAACGCUCAAGCCAUCCAGCGGGUCACACGCCUCCAUGUCCAGCCCAAUCUCCAUUGGGAACAGCCUGCCAGACGGCUGGUGGUGCCCCUGGCCAGACGGGGCGCCUUCAUUCGGCUGCUGUUGUUGCUGCUGCGACAGGGAGGCGCUGAUUGAGCGAGAUCCGCUGAAUGCCAGCCGCCUAUGUGACGAGAGGCGGGCAGAUCUGCCAACGCCUACCAGCAGAAGGCACACAAACCAGCGUGAAAAAAUCCUCAU